AUGGAAACGGUGGCCGCUUACGGCAUGGACAAGCAGUUCGCCCCCAAUCCGGUGCGGAUUUUGGACCCUCCGGACAACCCCCAGGCGAGGAAAAACUUCAGCGUCAGCCACCUCUUGGACCUGGAGGAGGUCGCCGCCGGCAUGAACGGAGCCAAAGAGCCCGGCCCGGAGGCGAGGGAGGGCGGCAAGCGGGCGCAGGAGCAGUCCGGGGGCAGCAGCGGCAGCGAAGGAGGCGCGCCCCGGGAAGGCGAGGGCCUGAGUCCGGCCCGCAGCGCUGCCAAGCGGAAGAAGAAGCAGCGGAGGAACCGCACCACCUUCAACAGCAGCCAGCUGCAGGCACUGGAACGCGUCUUUGAGCGGACUCACUACCCCGAUGCCUUCGUGCGGGAGGAGCUCGCGCGGAGGGUGAGCCUCAGCGAAGCCAGAGUCCAGGUGUGGUUCCAGAACCGGAGAGCCAAAUUCCGCCGCAACGAGAGGGCCAUGCUGGCCAGCAGGUCAGCCUCACUCCUCAAAUCCUACAGCCAAGACGCGGCCAUCGAGCAGCCCGUGGCUCCCCGGCCCACCGCCCUGAGUCCCGAUUAUCUCUCCUGGUCCUCCACCUCCCCGUACAGCUCCCUGCCUUCGUACAGCUCCAGCGGCCCCUCCGCGCCCACCCAAGGCGUCAACAUGGCCAACAGCAUCGCCAGCCUGCGCCUCAAAGCCAAAGAGUUCAGCCUGCAUCAGAGCCAGGUGCCCACCGUGAACUGA